AUGAAGUUCUUCAUCCCAUUAGUGUGUUGUAUAGCCCUAUCACAGGCUCUUCCAGGCGGACAGUCAGUCUCGAGCCGAAGCCAAGAUGAUUUGGGAAACUAUGCUUUCGGUUAUGAUAUCGCUGACGAAUAUGGCGCACAAAAUGGUCGGGAAGAGAAAGGUGAUGCUCACGGAAACAAAGUCGGUUCGUAUACCAUUAGAGACGCCGACGGCAGAUCCAGACGUGUCGACUAUGUUGCCGAUGCCCACGGUUUCAGAGCCACCAUCGGAACCAACGAACCCGGAACCGCCACCUCAAACGUUGGUGAUGCCACUUACCUGAGCUCUGCACCGGUCAUAACUGCUGAGCCCGCCAAGCCCCCCUGUUGGCCCACUCAGCUCCACUCAUCAAUUCUUACUCGGCCCCAAUAG